CCCAGUUGAAGUCAGCGUGCUGCUUCCGGCGGCUCGGUUAGCCGUUAGCUCGCCGUUAGCUGGUGUGCAGGCAGCAGGAAGCUUCUGCUGGAUUCAGGGAGCAAACAUGGACAGUCAAGGGAGAAAAGUCGUGGUCUGUGACAAUGGAACCGGGUUUGUUAAGUGUGGCUAUGCCGGCUCCAACUUCCCUGAGCACAUUUUCCCGGCGCUGGUCGGCCGGCCAAUCAUCCGCUCCACAGCCAAAGUGGGCAACAUUGAAAUCAAGGACCUGAUGGUGGGCGACGAGGCCAGCGAGCUGCGCUCCAUGUUGGAGGUGAACUACCCCAUGGAGAAUGGCAUCGUCAGGAACUGGGACGACAUGAAGCACCUGUGGGACUACACCUUCGGCCCAGAGAAACUCAACAUCAGCUCACGCGACUGCAAAAUCCUUCUGACGGAGCCGCCCAUGAACCCAACCAAGAACAGAGAAAAGAUCAUCGAGGUGAUGUUUGAAACAUACCAGUUCACAGGAGUUUAUAUCGCCAUCCAGGCCGUCCUCACGCUCUACGCUCAAGGCCUGUUGACUGGAGUCGUUGUGGAUUCUGGUGAUGGCGUCACUCACAUCUGUCCCGUGUACGAGGGCUUCUCGCUGCCACACCUGACCCGACGCCUCGACAUCGCUGGGAGGGACAUUACACGCUACCUCAUCAAGCUGCUGCUGCUGCGAGGCUACGCCUUCAACCAUUCAGCCGACUUCGAGACAGUGAGGAUGAUGAAGGAGAAGCUUUGCUACGUCGGUUAUAACAUUGAACAAGAGCAGAAACUGGCGCUGGAGACGACGGUGCUGGUCGAGUCGUACACGCUCCCGGACGGCAGGGUGAUCAAGGUGGGAGGUGAGCGCUUUGAAGCUCCCGAGGCUCUGUUCCAGCCUCACCUCAUCAACGUGGAGGGGGUGGGCGUGGCCGAGCUGCUCUUCAACACCAUCCAGGCCGCAGACAUCGACACCAGAUCCGAGUUCUACAAGCACAUCGUCCUGUCUGGAGGCUCCACCAUGUAUCCCGGCCUGCCGUCCCGCCUGGAGCGUGAACUGAAGCAGCUGUACCUGGAGCGAGUUCUGAAGGGAGACGUGGACAAACUGUCGAAAUUCAAGAUCAGGAUAGAGGACCCUCCUCGGCGUAAACACAUGGUGUUCCUGGGCGGCGCCGUGCUGGCCGACAUCAUGAAGGACAAGGACAACUUCUGGAUGACGCGGGAGGAGUACGAGGAGAAAGGGACACGAGUGUUGGAGAAGCUCGGAGUCACCGUCAGAUAAAACCCAAACAAACAGAAACACUCCCCCUCCAUCUUCAUCUCCCCCGUCAGCUGAUAUCCAUGCACCGCUCACCUCCAUGUGUCUGGACGGUCGCUCCGUGUCUUCGAUUCACGCUCAUUUUGAAAAGCAAAGAGGGAGGAAGGAUGCGGAGGGGUAAGAAGUCUCAUGGUGAGGGGGCAGCGAAUCACUAGAUGUCUUGAAUAUUUGCCCACAACACAAAAAAGUACAGAGAAUGAAGUUUGGAGCUGCAGGAGGAAGUGCUGCCAGACAUUAAAGCAACAGAACAGCAGUUCAGGAAAUAUGUUUAACUUGGCGAGAGUUAGAUGAUAACGAUGACGCCACUCUGACGCAGGAGGCUCUUAGCUUGGCUUGGCUUGGCUUAGCUUAACUUAGCUUAGCAGGGGGAACAGCUAACCUGCUUCUGUACAGACGUAACACAUCUGUCUGCCAGCACCUACAGAAGUAAGAGCUGUGUGUUUUGGGGGAUUAUGAGCUGAAUUAUUUCAUGUUUUUGACCAACUAAUUGAUUCAUUGACUCAAUGUCGCAGCUCUAAUGUGCAAUAACCAGUUAUUUUGCACUUUGUUGUUCAUUUAAUUAUAUUAUGCACCAAACGUUGUACCUGAUCAUCAUCAGAGGCUUCCAGAAGCUGUUGUUCUGACACAUUCCGCCGGAAAACCACAACGUGAAGAUGAGGAGCAGAUUUGUUACUGUUUGACAGAGGAAGGCUAACUGUGUCCCUGUUUCCAGUCUUUAAGCUAAGCUAAGCUAAGCUAACUGGCUGUAGCUUUAUAUUCACUGCAAGGACACAAGAUCGAUCUUAUCAUUUAACUCUCAACAAGACAGCAAAAAUGAGUGUGUUUUCUGAUGUUUCAAACAUAUUCCUCUUUUGGAGAUGAACUCCUGAUUGGUGGCAUUAACGAGGCCGACUGUUCAGACUAACGGUUUACUUUACCGGAGAUACUCCAGGUUUUCUUUUUCGAGCGUCUUGUCUGCGAGUAUUUCCAGUCAUCUGCCUUCCACACAAAGCCGUUUCUAAGUUGACGAUGAUGAUAUUAUAAUUAUUAGUGAUGCAUUUACAUUCCUUUCCGAAGCGAGACCUCCUCCAUGUGUCACCUCGUCUGUGAAAACAGAUACUGACAUUAAAAAUAACGCUCACAGUGUUGAGAUUAGAUAUCUGAACAAAUAGAUUGUUACAUACUGUGGUUUUUAUGUCCUGAUGGUCAGAUAACACCCCCCUCAUGUUUCCUGUUAGUGUUCUGGAUUGACGCUCUGUGCUGUGGGUGCAGCAGCCAGGCAGCCAUUUUUAACUCAGCACCUUGUUUUGACUCUGUCGGGACUCUCGCUUGCUUUUAGAGCAGUUCAUAGGUGUGAGAUGAAUGCUUGAGAAGAAUCUGAAGGAAAGUCGGUGAUCUCAGAUCUGUUUCCAUUCCUCAGAGAUAACAACAAAGCAUCAAAUCAUUCCUGUAGUUCUGAUCCGGGACUGUUACAUCACACACCUGUACGUCCAGAGGUUCAGACAUGUCCGUCACUGAGCAGCUCCGUCAGGGCCGUGCUGAGACAAAUUUCCACAACUUACCAGGAAGUCCAACUUCUCGUGUUCUUUCUUUCCACAACACAUUUUUUUUGUUUUUGUUUUACUUAAAGCUCAGUGAGUGACACGUCUGAGAGUGAAGCGUCCUGGAUCAGACUCGCUCAGCUUCCUUUAUUUUGAAAUGUAUGUUCUUCUUCUCUUUUACAAUAAUGUGCUUUUUGCCUUUUUCCUCUGACGGACUGUUAAUGUGCAGCUGUCUGUUGACCUGAAUCAUUCCAGUGAAGCCUUCUGCCUUUAACAGCUGAUCUGGGUUCAGUCUCAAUCAAGCUAGAAGUUUAGACGUGAUGUGGACAAACUGAACAGCAGGUUCUGGGUCAGAUGUUAAAGGGCAAAGGAACGCUGCUGUUGUAAAGGGACAGUUCACCUCAAAAUCACAACCUGGUUACUGAAGAUGAUCCAAACAUCUGUUGGAGAAGCAAACGUGCAUCUACUCAGACAUAGACAAGAGGUUAGCUUACUGGGCUAACGAUGCAAGCUAACGUUACAGCUGAGUUGAGGAGGACGGCGUUAAUGUUAACAGCUCGAGCCUCUCGUUGACUCUUUGACCGAGUUGAUAUCUCCAGAACUGAGCAACUCCCACCAAAACAAUCCAGAUGGAUCAAUAACAUCACAGCUAAGAGGUGAAACACGCGUGUUUGAGUUUGGGGAUGAACUGUCCCUUUAAGAUGAAGCCUCCAAUCAAAGAUUACUCCAUGUGUUUGUCCAGGAGGAGAGAAGGAGGCGUGGUCAGUCGAGUUACAUGAUGCAAACAUCUGGAAACACAGAUGAUGUCAUUGGCUCAGACGGAGCGGAGAGGAAGUGAUGUCACAGGAAUAAUUUACUGAGAUCAGAAGUUACAUCUUUUGUUUCUGCAGUCAGGAUCUAAUUGUUUAACCAAUGAGAUCAUACUGGUGAUGUCUGUGCCGCCAAAACAUUAAAGGAGCAGUUCAAACAAAAAUGUAACCACAGUCGUCAUCAGUCAACAACCACAGAAACAUCAAACGGCUCCGGAGUGAUUCAACACAGACACGACGAAGACACAAAUUAAUUCAGCAUCAUAUGCGCUACAGUUUGUUCUUGUGUGAAGAUGAACGCUGCGGUUUCUUGAGUUCGUAUGACAGAAGAGCUGCAGCUGUCAGUCAGAGAGGCGAACAACAAGAAUCCUUCACAUCCCCCGAGAACCCAAACUGAUGUUGAAAAGACGUAAUUUACACUCUCGAUGAGACGAGCUGCGCGCUAACAGUUUUAGCACAGCAGCUACAGUGAAGAUUUCACCUUAAAGACUGAAGAUAUUGGCUGUUCAAAUCAGUUUGUGAUAUUCAGAUCGCAGCAGACGAGCUGUACGGAUACAUCUGAUGUUUCUGUGGUUCAGACUUUAUAUCAUCAGGAGGAGGAGAGGAUGUUUACGGGUGAACUGUUCCUUUAAUGGAAGUCUAACAGUCGACAUUAAGAGUCCUCGUGACCACGCUUCCUUCUCUCCUGGGUUUGAAGUUUGAUGAUGAUUUUUGUGGGUCACUGAAAUAUAAUUUGUAAUAUUAAAUAAGAAUCUGGUUUCAGGAAGCGGAGGCCACGUAAGAAGCUGGUAUUUGUGGUUUCCCGUCUCGGUUCUUGUGUAUAUCAGAGGCACCUGGCUCACAUAUAGAAAUAUAUAAAUGUUUAAUUUUCCUCUGGACAACACGGUCAUCAAGUGCCAAGUACAGUUCUUCUUGCUGGAUAUUAUUUUUGCUUGUCCUUUUUAUGUUUUUGUUUAUAGCAUAACUGCCAACCGCUGAUUUAAAUAAAGCAAAGUGAUUUAUAGACGCC